UGAGGCGCCCCGCCCCUCGGCGGCUCCAGGUGCGGCUGUGGGAGCCGGGCGGGGGAGCGGGACGGGGUCGGCCGGGCGGCGGGGCGCCAUGGCGGAGUCCCAGCUGAGCUGCCUGGACGAGGCGCACGUGAACGAGAGGGUGACCGAGGCGCAGGCCGCCUUCUACUACUGCGAGCGGCGGCGGGCCGCGCUGGAGGCGCUGCUGGGCGGCGGCGAGCAGGCCUACCGCGAGCGGGUCAAGCAGGAGCGGCUGCGGGACUUCCUCCCCGGCCCCGAGCGCCAGGCCCUCCGUGCCGCCUGGAUCCCCUACGAGGACGCCGCGCCCGCCGCCGCCCGCGGCAAGAGCAAGGCCAAGGCCAAGGCCCCGGCGGCCGCCGAGCCCGGCGAGUCCCUGGCCUACUGGCCCGACCGCUCCGACACCGAGGUGCCCCCGCUCGACCUGGGCUGGACGGACACCGGCUACUACCGCGGCGUGAGCCGGGUCACCCUCCUAACCCACCCGCCCAAGGAGGAGAGGGCGCCCCACCUCAAGCAGGUGGUCAGGCAGAUGAUCCAACAGGCCCAGAAGGUCAUUGCUGUAGUCAUGGACCUCUUCACCGAUGGUGAAAUCUUCCAAGACAUUGUGGAAGCUGCCUUUAGGCGCAGGGUCCCAGUGUACAUCAUCUUGGAUGAGGGAGGUGUGACGUGUUUCCUGGAAAUGUGUCAGAGCCUGGAGCUCACUGACUUUCGUAUCCGGAACAUCCGUGUCCGCUCUGUGACAGGCGUUGGCUUCUACAUGCCCAUGGGAAAGGUCAAGGGGACCUUGUCAUCAAAGUUCCUAAUGGUAGAUGGUGAAAAAGUAGCCACUGGGUCUUACAGGUUCACCUGGAGUUCCUCCCAUGUGGACAGGAACCUUCUCCUCCUCCUGACAGGGCAGAAUGUGGAGCCAUUCGACGUGGAGUUCCGGGAGCUGUACGCCAUUUCUGAGGAGGUGAACCUGUGCCAGAAGCUAGGCCUGGGAGGUGCAGGCAACUACUCCUCCACCGUCGCUCGCAAGCUUAUCAACCCCAAAUAUGCCUUGGUGACAGCCAGCCGCCGGCCGCCUGGGGAAAUGAUGCGCUGGGCCGCCCAGCAGCAGCGAGAGGCCCACAGGAACCUGGAGGGGCAGGAGGAAGGGAGCGGAGGCAGCGAGUCAGCCCAGCGUCUAGAGAACUUCCUGAAUGACCUGGUCACGCUGGAGCAGGCACUGCCCCCCGUGGACCCCAUUCCUUCUGGAGAACUGAGACACCGGCAUGGGGACCCCAAGUCCAAACCCCCAGAGACCCUCUCCCGGAACAGUAAGGGAGAAGCUGCCAAUGGAGAGGUCAUCUUGGCCAAGGAGGGCAAGCGCUUCAGCCGGCUGUUUAACCGGGGGUCCAAGAGGGCUGCAACGUCCAAUGGUGUGACCAGCUCCCUCUCCAAUGAGACUUUUGCUGAUGGGCAGUUUGUGGCAGGGAAGAGGCCCAACGAGGGAUCCAGUGCUGAUGUUUCAGGUAAAACCAGCUCCAGUCCUGCCAAGACCAGCAACUGCAUGAUAUCCUGAGCCAAGGGCCAGCGGCGGACAGGUCGUCCAGCCACGCCUGUCCUAUGGAGAACACAAGUCAAAACCUGCACCACUUUGCACACUGGACUCCUACUGACCUCCAUCCUGGCCUCAGGGCCCCGGGAGCCCCACAGGAGGCUCUACGGCAUCUCCAGGCAAUCACACGCCUCCACAAGACUAUUGGUGGCCAGGAAGGGGUCGCUCCUCCUUGUUUACAUGAAGUGGAAGCCUGACUAGUAUCUGCUUUCCUUUCUGCCUGACCCCAUCCCUCUACUGGGCCAGCCUCACCCUGCAAAACCCAGAUGGUGUAAGCUCUGCCCUCAUACCUUCAUGUGAGGGGUUCUCUAGGGCCGCCUCAGCUCCCUGACUCCUUCCCUGGAUUUCCUAGUGCUUCUGCUUCCUUGCCCCCUCUUCAUCCCCCAUUCACCCCCCAAGAAGUUGGGUGGAAUGAAAGGAAGAGGGCAGGUUUGAGCCAAGGAUGCCAAGUUCCAGUGUUGCUUUAGCCCCUGGACUCAGUGGAAGCUAUAGCUACGGCGAAUGGGCUAUGGUCUCCCAGCCAGGUCCCUGCAGCUGCCGCUUAGAUUCUCAGCAGAAUGGGGCAAGGGCCCUCACCUCCAGCCAGCAGUCAUUUGUCAUACCAUUUAGACAGCCCUGUGCUGAGGUCUCCUUCCCCUCAUUGCACUGUCUUGGCGACCUCUGCCCUGAGUGGCUGAGACCUCCUUGGCUACUGCCUGCCAUGAGCCCACAAUUGAGGGCUUCGUCCACUGCCUUUACCUGGGCCCACUCCCCCCUCAAAUCAAUGUGCCUUCAUUUGCAGCCCCAGGUAAGGGAGUGAGAACUUGAUUAGGAGAAUAGAGACAACAGGAGUGUUUGCCUUUAAAACCCCUAAACCUAGGAAAUCCUGAAUCCAGCAGCUUCUCCACUGACAUUUCAGCCAAAGGCCAGCUUUAGCCUCUGGCCAAAAAUCAGCCCAUUUAGGACCCUGAGGCUCUCCUAAAGGAGUUUAGCUAAACUGCCCUGCUACCUGGCAAAGGAGGUCAGUGUAAAACUGGGCACUGCCCCUUCCCUACUUGUAAGAUUGGGAGACAGAGGAGAAGGCUAUGAGAGGACAGCAGCCAAACAGCAGGGAACCUGGGCUGCAGCCUCUCAGCCCCUGCUGAGCCAGACCACUGGGCUUCUGUCUUUCUCUCUGCAAAUGCUGGGGCACCAGCAGUGACUGAGGUAAGGGGCCAGCAGGCAGAAGGGUGUCCUGACAGUGCUGCGGUAAAGGGGACAGCCUUGAAAGAGCAGGAAAUGGGUGUCAUGGGGCAGUGUUUGCAAAGAACCUGAUUUCCCUGACUGUGGAAAGAGAAGGGGAUGGUGGGGUGAACCUGGUUCCUGGGAAGCACCCUCUGGUCAUCCUAAGCAUGCUGGGGCAUGGGGGUGAGGGGUGGCCAGGAACCCUGCCCCACUUCCUGAGCUUUUGUGAGGAUUAAACACAUCCUAGGACAUUCUUCCUUAUGCACCAAGGUCUCGCAGUGUGGUGUGUGCUUGCUUGUUCUGGAGGGGAAGGCAGGGCGAGAUGGAAAAUGGGGCACGUGUGCAUGACACCUCAGCUCAGCAGGGCCACCUUAAAGAGGAUGAUGGUGACAGAGGGUGGGAGAAGUCACCCUCGGUGAGAAGAGAGCAGGGACAAGGGAGGGGGCACAGACAGGGCUGCCUGUGUGGUGAGUGGAGCUGCUUAGAGCAGCCCUUCUUCCCCCCUCUCCCCAAAGCAGGCCAGGACCCAGACUGCUAGUUCCACAUCUAUAGCCUCGGCCAGCUCUGCCUUCCUGCCCCCACCUCUCCCAGUGCUAAGAUGGGGGUGAUUCUUCGUUAAUGAGGAAGCAGGCAGACCUGCCAGACAGAUCCCCCCAACUCUCUGCAGAGGUCUGAACUCAACAGCCUCUGACCACCACC